CAUUUUUCUCUAUUUAAGCAACGCUCAAAUGAAAUACGAACCAGUUUAUUAUUCGAUCAGAAGGUUUUCACUUUUAACUUUACUUAAUUUACCAAAUUUUUAUAAAAAUGAACAAAAUUGUGUUGGUGGCACUCGUAGCCAUGGUUAUGCAAAUUUCUGCAUUGCCUCAAUAUGGAGGUGGUCAAAACGGUUAUGAUAGUUAUGGAGGUCAAGGUCAGAAUCACAUUCUUGGACAAAAUGGACACGGUCAAUUUGGUGGCGGCGGAAAUAAUGGCUUUGACCAAGGUGGACAUGGUGGUCAUGGUGGCGGCUAUAAUCCACAUAGUGGACAUGGUGGUCACGGUGGCUUCAAUCCACAUGGACAUGGACAUGGACAUGGUGGACAUGAUGGUGCAUACGGUUAUAAUCAACACAGCGGUCAUGGCCAUGGAGGACCCUCACGCGGUCAACGUUACUAAUAAAGUAGAUUUUUGAA